AUGCCUACUUUCAUAGACCAACUGGGUACGGAUAUCAUGAAGAUUCCUCCAAUAACCCGGUUUAUUUCUGGGUCUGCAGUGGCAGUAACCCUGGCAGAGAUGGGCCGUUAUGUCGACCACCGACAAUUGCUUUUCCAGAAAGAUAUGGUCUUUGGGAAGCUGCAGCUUUGGCGACUGUAUACCUCGUUCUUUGCUGGAGGAAACGAAUAUGGAUACCGCCACAUUCCAUAUACCUUUAUCUUGGACUUGAUGAUUCUGCACCGUAUGCUAAGUGACCUCGAAACUAAAUCAUACCGUCACUCGCCUGCAGACCUCUCGUGGCAGCUUUUUAUGGCUUGCAUUGUGAUCAUCAUUGCUACAUUACCUUUGAAUAUCGACUCAUUCUCGAGGCCAUUGCUUACAUGCAUUGUAUACCUUCGAGCUGCCUUCGCCGAACCUGGCGAAAAGAUAAACUUUUAUAGAUUCUUCCACUUCGACAUUCCGCUCGUCUACCUACCUAUUGCAUUAAUUGCAUAUGAUUAUUUCAUAGGCGGCCCUAAGUAUGUUGGACCAAGUGUCGCCGGCGCUGUCGUUGGACAUUUGUGGUGGUGGGUUGUCUGGGAGGGGCGAGGGGAUUUGCAGAUACGCUUGGCCAGACUCGUAGAGCUGGCAGAGCUGUUCGGCGGGAUUGACACACUUGUCCUGAGAAUGGAAGGAGAUACGUAA